AUGGCUGAUUUUGAAGAGAUCCUGAGGAAUAUUGGAGAAUUUGGAUUAUUCCAACAGCUCACUCUACUUGCACUUAGCUUCCCAAAUUUGAUUCAGUCUUUUGUCUUUGCUAGUUUUCUUUUUGUGGAGUUUGAUCCAGAGCGACACUGUAACACAGCCUGGAUCCUUCAGGCAGACUCUGAGCUGACCCCAGAGGAGCAGCUGAACCUGACUGUGCCCCACGAGGAGGAUGGGUCCUACAGCAGGUGUCAGAUGUUCAAACCUGUGGACUGGAACAUCAGUACCAUCAGAGAGAACGGGCUCAAUGAGACCAUAGGUUGUCAGAAUGGAUGGGUUUACAUCAACACCAUGUUUAACAGCACCGUCGUCACUGAUUUUGAUUUAGUUUGUGGCGGGACUAACCUGGUGGAAUUCAUACAAUCUGUGUUCAUGGCCGGCGUUCUCAUUGGUUCCCUCAUAUUUUUACCUUUUGCUGAAUCGUUUGGUCGCAAACGAGCAAAUCAAAUUCCAGUUGUGAUAAUGUUUAUUUUUAUUAUAGCAGCAGCACUAAGCCCAAAUAUCUACCUAUAUUUAGUCUUCCAGCUCCUGGUGGGAGUUGGAGUUGGAGGUUAUCGAGUCAGCUCUAUCUUACUGGUCACCGAGUGGAUGGGUGUGUCCAAACAAUCAUUGGGGGCAUUAGUGACUCAGUUGUUCGAUGCAGUGGGUCAGUGCAUCCUGGCUACUGUGAUCUACAUCAUCAGAGACUGGAGAGUGACCCAACUCAUCCCAGCAGCUCCACUUGCACUCGUGGUUUUCUACAUAUGGUUUAUUCCAGAGUCGGCCCAAUGGUUGUUGAACAGAGGAAAGACAGAAGAGGCUAAACGGCUGAUCAUGAAAGCAGCAGCUGUCAACAAACGCACUGUCCCAGACUAUCUGUUGGACAAGAUUGCUGUGAAAGAAGUUGAAAACCAAGGAGGCAUCAGAGUUAUUUACAGAUCCUCUGUGCUAAUGAAGUAUUUGGUCAUUUUGGUGCUGGCAUGGUUUGCAUCCAGCCUCGCUUCGCUCUGCCUGUACUUCAACAUGGCAAAUUUUGGCAUGAGCAUUUUUCUGACGCAGUUCUUGUUCGGUACGAUUGAAGUCCCAGCUCACACAUUCAACUUGUGGCUGCUGGAGGUUUUGGGAAGGAGAAAAUUAUUCAUAUCAACAACUGUGUUGGGAGGACUUUCAUGUAGUCUCAUCCUUGUUGUUCCUCAGGGGAAUGGCAUUGUUGUUACAGCCUUGGUCGUCAUGGCACGUUUCCUCCUGAUGUGGGGUGCUACCUUAUCUAAUGUUUAUAUCCAAGAGUUGUUUCCAACAUCUGUCAGUCAAACAGCCUCAGGUGUAGGAGCCACAGCAGCAAGAAUAGGAGGGUUGCUGGCUCCGUUGCUCAACAUGUUGACCAUGUACCACAGGGUCAUACCCAUCACAGUCUUCAGCAGCCUCACAAUCAUCAGUGGAGCCCUCGGCUUCCUGCUCCCUGACAUCAGCAGGAAAGAUAUUCUUGAGUAUACAGAUGAGUCCGAGAAGAGAAGAACUGAGACCUCAGCAAACACAGCCUCAUGUUCAACAAAGCUGUAGAUCUCUGUAUAAUGUAAAGUCACUUAACAUUAUAUAAACAGAUAAAAAAGCAGCUGCAAAAGUUCAGGUUAUACAGUCGAGUAUGCACAACACAUUAAAGGUAAAUCAGCUUCAUAUACUGCUUUACUUAUCAUUACCUUUGUAUAAGGGACAGUUUUUUAUGAUCAAUUAUUUUUUAUCCUGA